GCCUUUUGGUGCACUCUUCUGGCAAAAACCAAUCCCCCCAUCAGAAAAGCCAUCAGAAGCAUCCAAAAAUGUCCAGAACGCUGCCAUUUUUAAGAACUCUGCUCUCCGUUUACCUCUUCUACUUCGUAUCCACACCCUUCUGUGUAAGCUCACUGACAGCCAAAACAGACCAGGCCAUCUUGCUUGAGCUUAAAGAUCAAUGGGGGAAUCCACCGUCUCUUCACCUGUGGAACUCCUCAUCCUCGCCCUGCGAUUGGCCUGAUAUCGUCUGUAGAGACGGCACAGUCACAGGAAUCUCUCUCAGAGACAAGAAUAUCACUGGGAAAAUUCCAAUUGUCAUCUGUGACCUGCAAAACCUCACUGAGCUUGAUUUUUCAUGGAACUAUAUCCCGGGUGAGUUCCCUGAGGCUCUGUUCAACUGUUCCAAGCUCAAGUAUCUUGAUCUUUCAGGAAACUAUUUUGCGGGGUCGAUACCACACGACAUAGAUCGACUUCGAACUCUGGAGUACAUGGACCUUAGCGCCAACAACUUCUCAGGAGAUUUUCCAGCAGCACUAGGCCGGUUGCCAGCUUUGAGAACUUUAAACAUUUAUCGAACUCAGUGCAAUGGCACAUUGCCAGCUGAAAUUGGGAACUUGUCCAAUCUUGAAACUCUGAGCUUGGCUUAUAACACUUUGCUCGUCCCAACGCCAAUACCACAAGAGUUUAGGAAACUGAAGAAAUUGAAAUAUAUGUGGAUAAAAAAAUCCAACUUGAUUGGAGAAAUACCAGAAGGCUUAUCGGAUCUUUUGAGCCUUGAGCACUUGGAUUUAUCCAGCAACAGUUUGGUAGGCUCUGUUCCUACUAGACUGUUCUCUCUGCAGAACUUAAGCAACUUAUAUCUCUACCAAAAUCAGUUGUCUGGUGAGAUACCCAAAUCAAUCCAAGCAUCAAAUCUACUCAAUGUCGACCUCUCUGCAAACAAUUUGAGAGGCACAAUCCCUGAAGAUUUUGGGAAGUUGAAGAAGUUGCAGGUUCUCAACUUGUAUGACAAUCACUUGUCUGGUGAGAUUCCUGGGAAUCUAGGCCUAAUACCGACGCUGAAAGGCUUUCGGAUCUUCAACAACAGCUUAACCGGGGACCUGCCACAAGAAUUGGGUCUGCAUUCAAAUCUUGAAGCAUUGGAGGUUUCAAUGAAUAAACUAAGUGGUUCAUUACCUGAACAUCUCUGUAAAAAUGGCGUCUUACAGGGAGUGGUUGCUUUCUCCAACAAUCUUAGCGGCGAAUUGCCAAGAGGGCUUGGCAAUUGCAGGACCCUACGCACAAUCCAGCUUUCUAAUAAUAACUUUUCUGGCGAAUUACCUCCAGGUCUUUGGACUACUUUCAAUCUAUCAAGCAUAAUGUUAGAUGGAAAUUCAUUCUCAGGCAAGUUACCAGAUAUCUUAUCUUGGAAUCUCUCGAGACUGACAAUAAAUAACAACAAAUUUUGGGGUCAAAUUCCUCAAAAUGUGUCUUCUUGGAAGAACUUGGUUGUGUUUGAGGCAAGCAACAAUCAGCUCUCUGGUAGAUUUCCCGAAGGGUUGACAAGGCUUCCUCAUCUUACCACACUCAUAUUAAGUGGAAAUCAACUCUCUGGCCAACUUCCUUCAACAAUUGGUUUGUGGGAAUCGUUGAAUACUCUAAAUCUCUCACGAAAUGAACUUUCAGGCAAUAUUCCAGCGGCGUUCGGAUUUCUUCCUAGCCUCCUUUACCUAGAUUUAUCAGGUAAUAACUUCUCAGGUGAAAUCCCACCAGAAAUUGGCCAGUUAAGAUUGGCUUCUCUCAACUUGUCUUCCAAUCAGCUUUCAGGGAAAAUCCCAGAUGAGUAUGAGAAUACAGCAUAUGAAAGGAGUUUCUUGAACAAUCCUAAACUAUGUACCACCACUGAUGCACUUGACCUUCCAAAUUGUAACUCCAGACAAAGAGAUAUAAAAGAUCAUUCCUCUAAAUAUCUCUCCCUCCUUCUAGCUCUCAUCGUCACCUUCCUCGUAAUUGCUAUACUAUGGAUCUUCAUCUUAUAUAGAAGUUACUGCAAAAAGGAAGAAAGAUGCCACCCUGACACUUGGAAGCUAACUUCAUUCCAGAGAUUGGAAUUCACAGAAGCGAAUAUCUUAUCAAACCUGACAGAAACUAAUCUGAUUGGAAGUGGUGGAUCCGGAAAAGUGUACUGCAUAGAUAUAAACCAUGCUGGUUACUAUGUUGCAGUCAAAAGGAUUUGGAGUAACAAGAAGUUGGAUCAAAAGCUUGAGAAAGAAUUUCAAGCAGAAGUUCAAAUACUUGGCUCGAUUCGGCAUUCGAACAUAGUGAAGUUGCUAUGCUGCGUCUGGAAUGAGAAUUCAAGGCUGUUAGUCUAUGAAUACAUGCAAAAUCAGAGCCUAGAUAAGUGGCUUCAUAAAGAGAAGAAAAGGUUAAGAGCGGCUACAAUGGAUUUUGUUGAACAAUAUGUCUUAGACUGGCCGAGGAGGUUGCAGAUUGCUAUUGGAGCUGCACAAGGCCUGAGUUACAUGCACCAUGAUUGCUCUCCACCAAUCAUUCAUCGAGAUGUAAAGUCAAGUAACAUUUUAUUAGACCAUGAGUUCCACGCAAGGAUAGCGGAUUUCGGGCUGGCAAAGAUGCUGGUCAGGCAGGGAGAGGCUUACACUAUGUCUGCAAUAGCAGGAUCUUUUGGCUAUAUAGCCCCAGAGUAUGUGUAUACAACAAAAGUAAAUGAGAAGAUUGAUGUCUAUAGCUUUGGGGUUGUACUGUUGGAACUCACAACAGGAAGAGAACCGAACUGUGGAGAUGAACACACAAGCCUAGCAGAAUGGGCAUGGCAACAAUAUAGUGAAGGAAAACCUAUUGCUGAUGCUCUUGAUGAAGAAAUCAGAAACCCACGCAAUUUGGAAGAGAUGAUUACUCUGUUCAAACUAGGUCUAAUUUGUACAAGCACGUUACCUGAAAUACGACCUUCGAUGAAGGAGGUUCUGCAGAUUCUACGCCAAUGCCGCCCUCAAGAAGAUUGCAAUGGGAGAAAGAACGCCGGCGAAUUUGAUGCCGUUCCCCUCCUUGGCACUUCUCUAUGACAUCGAUAAGAUCCUUACUGUUCAUGAAAAAAU